AUGAUUCAGGAGUCCGCUCCGGAUUUACCCCCCAUGAGCUUGUUGUCUAGCAAGGACUCAUUGCAAUCAUUCCGAAAUGACUCCGGUCCAUUCUCGCAAGUCUGGGAUCUACUUGGUCUCCUACCGCGGAAUAAGGUGACCGUUGAUCGGCUGAUUGAGAGGUUCUUGACUGAGAUCAACUGGGCCAUCGACACGGUCCACCCCGAGACCUUCAGACAGCAAUUCGCGGAGUUCUGGGGGCGGAAGUUUGGGUUUGACGAAAUUGCCGGCGUGGACCUUCGCUGGCUCGCUCUUUUGUUCAUUAUUCUGGCUUUUAGUGUACUCCUAGACAGCCCCACGACAUCUUCACCUGAAAAACGGAAAGAAAGCGAAGAGGCUUCUCUUCGCUUUUACUGGGCUGCUAGGCGAGCUAUUGUUAUUUCCCCCUCCUUUCACGGAGAAAGCUUAGAUCUUGUCAGAGCAGGCCUGAUGGUCACACGUUAUUUACUAUAUACCCGGCAAGUUGCAGAAAGUUGGCUCACUAUCAGCUUUGCUAUGCGUAUGGCUCAAGCACAGGGCAUGCAUAUUGACGGAGAAAAAUGGGGGUUGUCUAAGAAAGCCACGGAGACUAGAAGACGCCUCUGGAGCAAUCUUUACAUGCUUGACAAGACAAUUGCACUUGCUCUCGGAAGGCCAUACGCGAUAUCAGAUCAUAUGUGCCUCAUCAAAGCGCCGGAGAACGCGUGGCUGGAUGGAUUGACAGAUGAGCAGUCAUCUAUAGCCAAGGCACAUCCCAUAAGCUAUCCCACACGAAGUACUGUGUCACUUCUCGGGGCUGGAUUGGCUAAAAUUGCAGGUGAAAUCCAAGAUCGAUGCUUUGGCUUAUACCCUGCAUCAUACGACAUGGUAGUCGAGAUGGAUCACAAACUCGUUGCGUGGAAACAGCAACUACCUGCGUAUUUCUCGGUGGAUGACUCCGAACUAUCACUGGAUGACUCCCACACAUUCCUGCCAUGGCAUCGGCUUUAUCUGCACUCUGCAUUCCAUUUUGCUCGAAUAACUCUUCAUCGACCUCAUCUUCUACGUGAAUCUAUCACCAAUCGCUUCGGCCUUAGCCACCAGGCAUGUAUAUCCUCUGCGUCUUCCGAUCUCAAAAUCAGGUUACAAUCAUUGAAAUAUGGAACAGCAGAAAACAUGAGAUGGACGUUAGGAACCCACAACAUGUUCAACAGUGCCUUCAUUCUCGGCAUUAUAGCGGUGCGGCGACCCAACGCGCCUCAGACUGCGGCGAUAUUGAAUGACCUCGAGGAAUAUUGUGAACGACUGCGGAAGGAUGUUUGGCUUAACGAAUUUGGCCUUGCCGAAGUUAAAGUGGUGGAGUUGUGUAUCAUUCGCACCCGAGGAUUUGCCCAAGCCACCGACCAGCCAAGUGAAAACACCUCAAUGAGCCCACUCGAAGUGCUGCCAAGCUUUGUAGCACAGCAACGGGAAGACAACCCGGAAAUAACGUCGACUAUGAAUAUCUCUGGCCCUGGAAUUCCCGCUUCUCCCAGUCAGCCUCCAGUCUAUUCUCCUGAUAUGACGUGGCCCGCAGUGUGGGAAGACCAGAAUUUUGCGUUUCCACAAGCAGCAGAUCUUGAAACCUGGGAGCAAAUGAUCUCUGAAAUUGCGUAUCAUACCUAG